GGCGCAGAGUGGACGCGGCGCGGCUUAAAUCAUCUGACGUGUUUUGCGCAUUUCCUGAACUGGCGCUCGAGCGCAGGGAGGGAGAGAGAGAGAGACGGAGAGGGUGAACAGGGAGGAAGGCUGCAGCGCAAAAGACUACAUGAGCGUGUAGCUCAAAUGGUUUCGCCUUCUCAAAUCAACAAAGAAAAGAAGCGGGUAAAUAUCUCGGCAAGUGGAUGGCAAUAGUCUCCGCGCGGAUCGGCAGCACACUGGGAGGAGGAAUCCCAAACGCCUCUCCCACUCAACGCCUAUUGGAAAACCAAUAGUACAAGACGAGCUCCGCUGAAAACCAUCACAUUUGGGCUAUCUUCCUCAUUGCUAUUACCGAUAUUCAGUCUAUCGGACUCUCGUUUCUCUCACUCAGCGCUAUUCCAGACGUAGGGAAUUGGAUUGUUUACGUAUGCUUCCCAUUACGUGGAAAGACGGACCGUAAACAAAAACAGGAGCCUCUGGCUUUGCAUAUCGCGUUUUUGCAUCCUAUUUGAUUGUUCUGCUCAAAUGAGAGAAUCACGUUGAUCCGUCUAGUGGUUUGGGGGAUUAAAUCAUCACCGCAUCCAUCUAUACAUGCAUGUAUACUGAUGACGUGAUGACAUCUACGGGUAUAGCGACCCCCUGAAUCAAAACCUGCUUUUGAAGCCGUCUGUUUUCUCAAAGAAGCCAGCUGCAUCUCGACUGAGCGUCAUCAUGGUGGUUUUUAAUGGAGUGUUGAAGAUCAAGGUUUGUGAAGCUCUGGAUCUGAAACCCACCGCAUGGUCUCUCCGGCACGCUGUGGGUCCGAAGACCCAGACCUUCCUCCUGGACACGUAUAUCGCCCUCAAUGUGGAUGAUUCCCGAGUGGGACAAACUUCUACCAAGCAGAAGACUAACAGUCCGGCUUGGAAUGAUGAGUUCGUAACAGAGGUUUAUGAUGGGAAGAAAAUCGAACUUUCUGUCUUUCACGAUGCACCCAUCGGUUAUGAUGACUUUGUGGCCAACUGCACUAUACAGUUUGAAGACCUGCUGCAGAAUGGUAGUAGGCACUUUGAAGAUUGGAUUGACCUGGAGCCUGAGGGUAAGGUGUACGUCAUCAUCGAUCUGUCAGGAUCCUCCUGCGAAGCAGCAGCAUCAUCCAAUGAAAAUGAGGAGAGGGUGUUUCGUGAGCGGAUGCGUCCCCGAAAGCGCCAGGGGGCCGUCAGGAGGAGAGUCCAUCAGGUCAACGGGCACAAGUUCAUGGCCACCUACCUGAGACAACCUACCUACUGCUCCCACUGCAGAGAUUUCAUCUGGGGUGUGUUGGGGAAACAGGGGUAUCAGUGUCAGGUUUGUACCUGUGUGGUCCAUAAGAGAUGCCAUGAACUCAUAAUAACAAAAUGUGCUGGCAUGAAGAAACAAGAAGACACUCCUGAAGAGGUCGGCUCUCAGCGCUUCAGUGUAAACAUUCCACACAUGUUCAGCAUUCACAAUUACAAAGUCCCAACCUUCUGCGACCACUGCGGCUCUUUACUAUGGGGUCUGAUGAGGCAAGGCCUGCAGUGCAAAGCCUGUAAAAUGAAUGUCCAUCGGCGUUGUGAAAGUAAUGUAGCUCCUAGCUGUGGUGUCGAUGCCCGAAAAAUCGCUAAAGUGCUUUCUGAUCUCGGGGUGACGCCAGAUAAAAUCUCCAACAGUACCCAACGCAGGAAAAAGUUGACUCCAGGGCAGGACCCUCAGCAAUCCACAACAGAAGCCCCUUCAUCAGAAGAGUCUGACCGGUGCAAAUCAGCUCCAACCUCACCUUGCGACCAGGCAGAGCUUGCAGAACUGGAGAGUAUCCGUAAGGCCCUUUCUUUCGGUCAGGAGCACAAGUCUUCCUCCUCUUCCUCGUGCAGUGGUGUUCAGAGCACAGAAAUUGAGGGCCGGGAGAAUGGAGACCUAAAAACCGUCCAGACUAAGAGGAUGAGCCUCACUGACUUCUCAUUCAUCAAAGUGUUGGGCAAAGGCAGCUUCGGGAAGGUGAUGCUGGCUGAGUUGAAAGGCACAGAUGAAGUUUACGCUGUGAAAGUUUUGAAGAAAGAUGUCAUCCUUCAAGACGAUGAUGUUGACUGCACUUUGACUGAGAAACGCAUUCUGGCCCUGGCUAGAAAGCAUCCCUAUCUAACCCAACUUUUCUGCUGCUUCCAGACAAAGGAUCGCUUGUUCUUUGUUAUGGAGUAUGUGAACGGAGGAGACCUGAUGUUUCAGAUCCAGCGCUCACGGAAGUUCGAUGAAGCUCGCUCUCGUUUUUAUGCAGCUGAGGUCACUUCAGCACUGAUGUUUCUGCAUCAGCACGGCGUCAUAUACAGAGAUCUAAAGCUAGAUAACAUUCUGUUGGAUGCUGAAGGACAUUGUAAACUGGCCGACUUUGGCAUGUGCAAGGAGGGUAUUUUGAACGGGGUCACGACCACCACCUUCUGCGGGACACCGGAUUACAUCGCUCCUGAGAUCCUGCAGGAGUUGGAGUACGGCCCAUCAGUGGACUGGUGGGCUCUGGGUGUUCUGAUGUACGAGAUGAUGGCCGGUCAGCCUCCGUUUGAAGCCGACAAUGAGGAUGAUCUGUUCGAGUCCAUCCUCCACGAUGACGUCCUUUAUCCCGUGUGGCUGAGUAAAGAAGCUGUCAGCAUCCUGAAAGCUUUCAUGACGAAGAAUCCCAGUAAGCGUCUGGGCUGUGUAGUGACCCAGGGGCUGGAAGAGGCCAUUAAAGUCCACCCAUUCUUCAGAGAGAUCGACUGGGUCCAGCUGGAACAGAGGAGGAUCAAGCCCCCCUUUAAACCUCGCAUUAAAACCAAGCGCGACGUGAAUAACUUCGACCAGGACUUCACUCGCGAGGAUCCUGUUCUCACACCAGUAGACGACGCCAUCAUCAAACAGAUCAACCAGGAGGAAUUCAAGGGCUUCUCGUACUUCGGAGAGGAGGCUUUGUCUUAAACCCCAACCUAGAAUCUAUCAGCUCAAAUAUAUAUCAAACACACCCACAAAAAAACACUUGAUGCAUCGCAAUACAUGAAUACACUCUCCUCGGACCAGACCAGAUCAGAAAGCCAGUCCCUUGUGAUUCAGUUUUCUUUUACUGCUGUUUUUAGUCGUUUAGUCUUCUUUACAUCUCAAAAAAAAAAUAAAUAAAUAAUGGAUUUCAUCCCAGGCCUCAACAACCAAUCAGAAACAAAACGAAUGUUCUACAGAGCCCAAGAAAGAAGGGUCGGAACGCGCUACCUUAAACCAAAAUUUGACGAUACCAAUGAUUGUACCAUUUCGGAUACUUUUAAAUGAAAGGUUGUGUGCCCUUGAGGAAGAAUCGACCCUGCAUACGUGACAAUAAGACAUGUGCUGUGCAUUCAAAUGCCUUCUUGUGUAUUCAGGUGACAUUUCGGGAGCAAUUUUAUAAGAUAAACAGAGACAUUUGUAGUAUAUAUAUAUAUAUAUAUAUAUAUAUAUAUAUAUAUAUAUAUAUAUAAAUAUAUAUAUAUAAAUAUAUUCCAUCACAGUGUUAUGAGAGUUCAUUAGGAAUGGUAACCUGCUGUAUAUGGGUUGUGUCGGCCUGAGUAGGUGUGUGUGUGUGUGUGUGUGUGUGUGUGCAUGUGUUUGCAUGAAUGAGAGCGAGAGGCCCUUGCCCUCCUGAAGCUCUACGGUUGUUUUCAUGUUGUUUCGCAACGGCUUUUCAUUUGCGCUCGAGUGUGUAACGUGCGUGUGUGUUUUUGCCGUGUGCCGCCGCUAUGCACAAAAAAGGUGUAGCUGUGGCGAGGAAAGACAAGCACUUGUUGCUGUCAGGUCAUUUUGUACAGAACAUGUACAUAGUAUUCGCUCCAAAAAGCCUGUGAACGCUUCUUAGGGUAGGCAAUUGUUUGCAUGGUCUUGCGAAACGUGUCGUUAUUGAGUAGCAUCAGUUUACGGAAAGAUUUUAUGAUUAUUUUUUUUAUAUAUAUCUAUGUGCAAUACCCUGAACACAUUUCUCCCCCUCAUAUUAUUAUUAUUAUUAUUAUUAUGAUUAUUUCCUUCUAUUUUGUGUGUGUUUUAUAGGUUAGAGCUUCACCAAAGGCUUUCUCGCUCUCGGUUUCAUGCUCCUCUCUGCCGUUCUCGUGUAUAUAGUUUGCUGAAAGUACAUAAGCUGUGGAAUGUAGUGGAAAACAUGCGUGAGCUUUUAAUUUAUUCGAUAUACAUGUAGCUACGCUUCCCUUUUUUUGUGUCAACGCGUCUUCUUGUGUUACUUUAUUUCAGCCUUCUCUUUUGUGAACCCCCUUGUAGUUGAAUUAUUGACUCGUGCAAUGUGAAAGACUUUAAAGGACGAGGUGGACUAAACAAAAAGGGUACAUUUCAGGCGUACUAAUUAAAACCUUCUGGAAUGUGAUGACUUUUGCUUUAGCGAUUUGAGGAUUUCUUUUUGUCUUACUUUUUUUUUUUCUCUCUCCAAGUUGUUCCACUGCUUUUUCUUUUUAAACCGUGUCUGUGGGUUGAUCAUGGUAGCUAGGUCAAUGAUCUUCUUUGAAGCCUUUUCUCUCGCAGGCACCUUCCUGUCUGUCGCCCUCACUGUAUUAUGCCAAACGUCUCGUUCAGCUUUAUUUUCUCCGUCGUUUCCUCUUUUUUUUUUAACUGUAAAGGAAUGAACUUGAUAUAUACUGUAGGACGCAUCCAUGGUCUGUCUUCAAAGUCAAAACAGAGUAAAUAAACUAAGAAUUACCUCUUAAAUGAAGUGCAAAGAUUUCUCUUGCUGAAUAUUGAAUAUUUGCGCAUACAGUAUUAAAAUACAUAAAUGUUUCAUAUGUAUGAUAGUGCUGUAUUAUAUACAUCUGGUAUUGGACUUUAGUUUCUGUGUGGUGAAGCUUCAUGUGCACAGAGGUAUUUCUUUUUUCUGGAUACACUAAGCGUUAUCUCAUUGUAAGCAUUUUACUAUGUGCCAAAUGUACUGUCAUCUACAGGAUGUGAAUGUUUUGUUUAACCUAUUAAACCCUAAGAUGUAUGAAAAAUGA